UUCGUGGCCUGGGACUACGUGGUGUUCGCCGGCAUGCUGCUCGUCUCUGCCGCCAUCGGCAUCUACUACGCCUUCGCGGGGGGCGGCCAGCAGACCUCCAAGGACUUCCUGAUGGGCGGCCGCAGGAUGAGCGCCGUGCCCGUGUCGCUGUCCCUCACCGCCAGCUUCAUGUCGGCCGUCACCAUCCUGGGCUCCCCCUCGGAGGUGUACCGUUUCGGGGCCAUGUACAUCAUCUUCGCCAUCACCUACUUCUUCGUGGUCCUCAUCAGCGCCGAGGUCUUCCUCCCGGUGUUCUACAAGCUGGGGAUCACCAGCACCUACGAGGUGAGGGCGAAGGUGGGCUGCGGAGGGAGGGCUGGGGGCGCUGCAGGCUCCUGGGAGAGUUUCCCUGGAGGAGACUCUCGCCACCACGGCGACCUCGCUCCCUGUCGGGUUCAUCACUCGUCCUCCCCACCCCCAGCCCCUGUCCCUCUUGGAAAGAGGUGUCCUGCAAGUGGGUGUAGAGUUACAGGAUUUGAUCUGUGGGGUGUAGUAGCCGCAACGGGGGUGGUCUGCACAUUCUACUGCACACUGGGUGGUCUUAAAGCGGUUGUGUGGACAGAUGUUUUUCAAGCUGGGAUCAUGCUGGCGGGAUACACGUCAGUGAUUAUACAGGCUGCGGUGAUUCAAGGUGGCAUCAACACUAUUUUUAAUGAUGCCUAUAAUGGUGGAAGAUUAAACAUCUGGAAUUUUAAUCCUAACCCUUUGCAAAGGCACACAUUCUGGACAAUUAUUAUAGGAGGGACCUUCACAUGGACCACCAUCUAUGGCGUGAACCAAUCUCAAGUGCAGAGAUAUAUUUCCUGUAAAAGCAGAUUCCAGGCAAAACUGUCUCUCUAUAUCAAUCUUCUGGGACUCUGGGCAAUCCUCAUCUGCUCUGUGAUCUGUGGGCUCGCCUUAUAUUCCAGGUACCAGGACUGUGAUCCUUGGACAGCCAAGAAAGUGUCUGCACCAGACCAGCUCAUGCCUUAUUUGGUACUGGACAUUCUGCAAGAUUAUCCAGGACUUCCCGGACUUUUUGUGGCCUGUGUUUACAGUGGAACAUUAAG